AUGGAUAAAGGACUCUCAUCACAUUAUAUCAACUUGUUGGAGUCAUUUGUCGAGUCACCAGAGGUGCCUCCUCCUCUGACUCGCGAGACUCCACAACCAUUCUUCACAACGCCAGAAGAGGUAAUGGCACGCAUUACCCUUCUCGCGGCAUUUGGCAAAGCAGCAUUUGAUAGAGAUCUUAAAUGGUACGCGAUACUACACGAUGGUGAUGCAGUGCUUUGA